AUGCUCCAGUUCCUGCUUGGAUUUACUCUGGGCAAUGUGGUUGGAAUGUAUCUGGCUCAAAAACAUGGCAUACCAAACCUGGCUAAAAAACUUGAAGAAAUUAAAAAGGACUUGGAUGCCAAGAAGUAA